UCUGUGUGCAUCCCGCCUCCCUGCGCUCUCAAUAGAUGGUGCAAGUCAAAAUGUCCAAAUCGCCUGUAGACCCUCUGUCUGCUGUGGAAACCGGCUCUCAAUCACACUAUUUUCAGCUGCCCAGGAAGUUGCCUAAACGGAAGAGUCGCUUCAAACGCUCAGAUGGCAGCACUUCCUCUGACACAACGUCCAGCUUCAUCAAACGGCAGGGGUCGGCUGAUUCGUACACCAGUAGACCGUCGGAUUCCGACCUGUCAGCGGAGGAGGACCGCGAGGCGUAUCGGCGUGAAGCCGAGCGCCAGGCACAACUACAGCUCGACAGAGCUAAGUCCAAACCUGUAGCGUUUGCAGUGAAGACUAAUGUGAGUUACUGUGGAGCUCUAGAUGAGGACUGCCCCGUCCAAGGAGCUGCAGUCAAUUUCGAUGCCAAAGACUUCCUGCACAUUAAAGAAAAGUACAAUAAUGACUGGUGGAUCGGUCGUCUGGUCAAAGAGGGAGCAGACAUCGCCUUUAUCCCCAGCCCUCUACGUCUUGAGGCCAUGAGACUCAAGCAGGAGCAGAAACAAAGGAAAACAGGGGGUAACUCCUCUAGCCUGGGUGACAUGGUGACUGGAAGCUGGAGGACCACACCGCCAUCUGCAGCUAAACUGAAGCAAAAACAGGAACACAUCCCUCCCUAUGAUGUGGUGCCCUCUAUGAGGCCGGUGGUCCUCGUGGGACCGUCGCUGAAGGGCUAUGAGGUGACCGAUAUGAUGCAGAAGGCUCUUUUUGACUUCCUGAAACACAGAUUUGAGGGAAGAAUCUCAAUCACCCGUGUUACUGCCGACCUGUCUCUAGCCAAGAGAUCUGUCCUGAACAAAAGGCCCAUCAUGGAGAGAUCCAACACUCGUUCCAGUCUAGCGGAGGUCCAGAGUGAGAUCGAGAGGAUAUUUGAACUGGCCAAGACCCUGCAGCUGGUGGUUCUGGAUGCAGACACCAUCAACCAUCCCGCACAGCUCGCCAAAACGUCCCUCGCACCCAUCAUUGUCUACGUCAAAGUCUCCUCACCAAAGGUGCUCCAGAGGCUGGUCAAAUCCAGGGGGAAGUCUCAGAGCAAGCAUUUGAAUGUGCAGAUGAUGGCUGCAGACAAACUUUCUCAGUGCCCACCUGAUAUGUUUGAUGUCAUUUUGGAUGAGAACCAACUGGAAGAUGCUUGCGAGCAUUUGGCUGAAUACUUGGAGGUCUACUGGCGUGCCACUCAUCUCCCUGGCACGACCCCUCUCAACCCCUUAUUGGAGCAGAGUCUGAUGACCCCGCCCUCGGCCAUCUCUAGUCUACAGAAUAGAAAACUGACUGAGGAGCCGGGCGAGGAGGCCCACUCCCCCCUGGAGCAGGACAGUCUCAUGCCUUCGGACGAGGCCAGCGACUCCCUGUCUCGCGGCCGGAGGGGCAGCCCGUGCCACAGGGCGGGCGAGGAGGAUGAAGAGGAGGAGGAGGAGGAGGAAGAAGAGGAGGAGGAGGAGGAGGAGGAUGAGUACGCGUCGCCCUGCCACACUCGUACGUAUAGGGACAUAUACCCCCCUCACCGUGGGCACACAGGCAACACCCACAGUGCCAACGGGCACGAGUCACAGGACAGAUUGCUCCAGCGUGACGCUCAGCAAGGCCACAACCAGAGGAACAACCGCCAGCGCAGCCGCCCCUGGCCCCGAGACAACUACUGAGGAACGAGGGCACCCCUGGCCUCCAACGUGAGCACUGAGACCCCGUCUUCACCCCUGCUCCUCCAAAUGUAACGGGCAAAACGUAUUCUGUUCCCAAACCCAUGAUUUACAGACAGAGCACCCACUCCUCACAUCCCUCCCGCACUAUCAGCUGUAACAAGUCGAUCAUAGCUGGCCUCAGAAAGGAAG